AUGUCAUCUCCUGCUGAACAAAUUUUAGCACGUACAAAAAAUACAUUUGUUGAUUUAAAUCCAUAUUUUCAAUGUUCAUCAUUACCAAGUUGCUUUCGUGGUGGUCAAGCUGAAUUUAAUGAUUUACGAUUUUUAGGUGCUAGUGGACGAGGUAAAAAAUUUACAUUAACUAUUAUUAUUGAAACAAAUCCACCACAACAAUGUACUUAUCGACGAGCUAUUAAAAUAACAUUUGAUGGACCAAGAAAAAAACGCGAAACGAGAUCAUCGGGUUUACUUUUACUUGCUGCUGCAGCUGAACAAAAACGAAAAGAUGAAGAAGAUUAUUUUAUUUUAUUUUAUUUAAAUUAA